UACUUUUGAAUAGAGGUACUACAUCUUGACAGAAAGUUGACAUAUAUGACAAAAAAUCUAUCUGUUCAAAGUUACCAAAAAUGGAGUCCAAAACGGAAAUGACACGAUUUAAAAACGCGAAAGUUUAUUACAGAAUUUUCCCGAUGCUAAAUAUGCGAUGGGAUCACGUGAAAAUACUGGAAGAUGUGAAAACGUUAUACGUACGUUACAUCCAGGACUUUGGAACUGGACGAGACGGAGUGGUUCCUAGUUACUGGAGGUUCACUACCGAUGGUGUAUUUUAUAAUGAAAGUCAAUUAGCUGUUUACAAUGGAGUAACACGUGAUAUUUUAGAUAAAGUCAUCGACGGCUGCAGUGCGAUAAUUCUGAGUUUCGGCCAAAGUGGAAGUGGGAAAUCUCUAACGGCGAGUGGAUUGCGGAAUUGCUACAAGGAUAGAGGCAUUGCUCCGCGUGUGAUUUCCGACUUAUUUCUAAAGAAAGAGGUGCUCAAAAACCAAAUCAGACUCUGCGUUCAGCUCUCCUAUGUUGAAACGAAACACACUUAUCUCAAAGACUUACUUAGUGAAGAUAGUGAUACAUUCACACGGAGCUUUAGGGAAAUUACACUACAGAAGGUGAAAUCUGCAGACGAGGCACUGACGCUGCUAUUUAGAGCCGAAAGCAAGAGAGAGUUUGCAGCAAACUCUACAACUAGUCAUGGCGCUAACGGUAUAUUUACCAUCACUGUUACCGCAAAACCGGCUAAUACAACUGAUCCGAUGAAGAAGACAUCAAAACUGCACGUUGUAGACCUUGGAGGCGUUGAUAGUUAUGGCAAUGCUACAUCGAUUAACAAAAAUAUUUCGCAAGUCGGUAACGCUAACGUGGCGAAGACGCAAUUGGAGCAGUUCAUAUUGACACUAAUUCAAAAUCGUCCCGAUUGUAUUCUGGUGAAGCAAAGAUUGAACCCCUUGAUACAGUACUUGGGCGAUUCGUUAAGCGCGCAUAGCAUUCUUCGCUGCGUUGGACAUAUACGCGUUGAUCUACCUAACCUUUACAUCACAUUAUCCUUGCUCGCUUUUGGUCAAUGCAUACGCGGCUUGAAGCCCAAAAGGCUGCAACCCAACAUCUCAAAGAAUGAAGAGAUUGAAAUCAAACUGCUUAAGAACCAAAUUGUUGGCAUGCGAAAGGAAAACGACUUGAAUGCGAUGCUGAACUGUGGUGAUUUAGCGUCGAAUAUCACUCAGGACCGUGUCCUUCAAAUGCAGAAUAUCGCCAAGGAGUAUUUAACCGAUAUCACUAACGAGCUCGUGGUGCUCAAUGUAUCUGAUGCACGCACCGUUCUCAAAGUGUUUAAGGAUCUUUAUAAUAAACUGGAGAUGGAUAAAGAGGAGUGCGUAAAGAUUGCCCACGAUGAUGGUUAUCAGGAGGGCUUUACGACAGCUAUUAAUACAGAGAUUACACGCUCAACGACAAAGUCUAAAGAAAGCAUUGGAGUUGGAAAAUUAAAAUCAAGCCAUGGCAAUGUUUCACUAAAGGGAUCGCCAAAGAAAGCACCCAGUAACAUUUCGAAAAAUGCGCUAGGUGAAAAACGUAACACGCUCACUAAACGUAGCAAGACCAGUAGCCUUUCAUUAAAAAAAUCAAGCACGGGCAAAAAGAAAUCAAACGCCGGUUCCCUACACGACCUCCCCUUGCACUUGGCCGAACUAGGCGAAGUGAAAGAUUUGCCGAAGAACGUGCCGAACUAUGCGAAAGCCUGGGCACUGUUUAUAAACGAUAACUCGUAUAAUUACGCAAAGCUCGAGGAAGAACGGAUUGCAAGUGAAACCGAAGCCAAAGAGCUACAGUUGGAGUACUAUCACGCCAUUAGACAGUUGCACAAGUGCCACGAAACCGUAGACCUUAGAAAGAACGAGUUGCGUAAGGCCGAGAUGCGGAGACUGUUUGAUCCACAAACCUGUGAUGAAGAUGGUAAAGCUUUUCUAAGUGCAGCAGAAACGGAAUGCCUGGACAACUGUAAUCAUGCUCAACAAGAGCUGAUUGCUGAACAGGAACAUGUCCUGAAGAAGCAAACGGAAUUUAUACUUGCACUAGAACAAACCCAGUCGAUUAAGAAGGAUAUUAUAGACAAAUUUGACGACUUUUGCAAAAAACAUUAUCAUAUCUCAGUACCAGAUUUACAUGCCACAUCGCAGUUACACGUUGUAUACGAAUCGGGAGCGAUAUCAGCUUUAUUGGACGAGGAAGUUGGAGAGACAUUACCUGAUGAUGAAGUACACAAUAUAAAACUAUACAGGCAGUUACAGCGGUUAAUGAAGGAACAAAUAUUGAAAGAAAUAAAAUUAACAAAAAGGAGAAAGCGGUGGACUUAAAUGCACUUUGUUUGAUCCUACCCUUGUAUACAUUUGGCUUUCACCUUUAUAUAUGCGAUAUUUUAAAGAAACUUUUGUAAUUGCGAUGAGG